AUUCAAGUAAACAACACAACUACUUCCUAUUACUUUUACGAUGGCUGACCGUCGUCCAGAAGUUCAAGAGAUGUCUCGCGCCAAACGACCCAAGUUGGAGGAGAGUGAUCCUACUGAAAAUCCCUACUUGGUGCAUAUGUAUGAAGAUCAACAAGUUGGAUCCUACAGCAAUGGCCACAGCAAUGGGUCUUCAGCUCCCACUGGGCUUUCUAAAUUCAAGCGCCAUGCUACCACAGCUCUUCAAGCACAUGUCGCUGAAGAUGGACCAAAUAAUCCUUUCAACAACGCGCCGCUCUCGAAGCAAUACUUCAAUAUCCUCAGGACGAGACGAGAUCUACCGGUUCAUAAACAGAGACAAGAAUUCCUGGAUAUGUUCCACUCUACCCAAAUCCUAGUCUUCGUCGGUGAAACUGGUUCUGGCAAAACUACACAGAUUCCCCAAUUCGUCCUAUUCGAUGACCUUCCUCACUUCAACAGCAAGCUUGUUGCUUGUACACAACCUCGUCGAGUGGCAGCAAUGUCAGUGGCCCAGCGUGUGGCCAAUGAGAUGGAUGUCAAACUUGGGGAAGAGGUGGGAUACAGUAUUCGAUUUGAAGAUGUCACCGGCCCUAAGACAAUUCUGAAGUAUAUGACAGAUGGUAUGCUUCUUCGCGAAGCCAUGCAUGAUCAUAACUUGGCAAGGUAUAGCUGCAUCAUUCUUGACGAAGCCCACGAGCGUACACUGGCGACCGAUAUCCUGAUGGGCCUUCUGAAGGAGGUUGCAUUAAGACGUCCUGACCUGAAAAUUGUGAUCAUGUCGGCCACACUUGAUGCCCAGAAAUUUCAACGUUACUUCAACAAUGCACCGCUUUUGGCUGUCCCUGGAAGAACUCAUCCUGUGGAGAUCUUCUACACACCAGAGCCAGAGAGAGAUUAUGUUGAGGCCGCGCUGCGAACAGUCCUUCAAAUUCAUGCCACAGAACCUGAAGGUGAUAUCCUGUUAUUCUUGACUGGCGAGGAGGAAAUUGAGGAUGCAUGCCGGAAAAUCAGCCUCGAAGCAGAUGAGAUGAUUAGGGAGGCAGAUGCAGGACCAUUGAAGGUGUACCCCCUUUACGGAACCUUACCUCCAGCACAACAACAGAGAAUCUUCGAGCCAGCUCCCCCACCAGCAAGACCAGGAGGUCGACCCGGCAGAAAAGUCAUUGUCGGUACCAACAUCGCCGAGACUAGUUUGACCAUCGAUGGUAUUGUUUACGUCGUGGAUCCUGGUUUUAGCAAGCAAAAAGUCUACAAUCCUCGAAUUCGAGUCGAAUCACUACUGGUCUCCCCCAUUUCCAAAGCUUCUGCCCAACAGCGAGCCGGUCGUGCAGGUCGUACUCGUCCUGGGAAGUGCUUCCGUCUAUAUACAGAAGUGGCCUUCAAGAAGGAAUUGAUCGAACAGACAUAUCCGGAAAUUCUUCGAUCGAACUUGGCCAACACUGUUCUGGAGCUGAAGAAGCUUGGGAUUGAUGAUUUGGUGCAUUUCGACUUGAUGGACCCUCCAGCACCAGAGACCCUGAUGAGAGCCUUAGAAGAGCUCAACUACUUAGCAUGCCUGGACGAUGAUGGAAAUCUCACUACCCUAGGUCAGCUGGCUUCGGAAUUUCCACUCGAUCCAGCACUUGCUGUAAUGCUCAUCUCCUCCCCUGAGUUCUAUUGCUCCAACGAGAUCCUCUCCCUGACGGCUCUUUUGUCGGUGCCUCAAAUAUUCGUCCGACCUGCCAGUGCAAAGAAGCGCGCAGAUGAGAUGAAGGCACUUUUCGCCCAUCCGGAUGGAGAUCAUCUGACUAUGCUCAACGUAUAUCACGCUUUCAAGGGCGCUGUUGCACAAGCUAAUCCGAAGCAAUGGUGCCAUGAGCACUUUCUCAGCCUGCGGGCUCUGCAGUCGGCUGACAAUGUGCGCCAGCAACUAAAGCGCAUCAUGGAGAAAUCGGAGGUUGAACUCCUUAGCACACCUUUCGAGGAUAAGGACUACUACACCAACAUCCGACGUGCUUUGGUUGCAGGCUUCUUCAUGCAGGUAGCGAAGAAAGAUCCCUCCGGGAAAACCUACAAGACGGUAAAGGACGACCAAAGCGUGCUACUGCACCCAAGCACUGUUCUCGGCGUUGAUAGUGACUGGGUCGUGUACAACGAGUUCGUGCUCACGACCAAGAACUAUGUAAGGACGGUCACCUCUGUUAAGCCAGAAUGGCUCCUGGACAUUGCACCUACUUACUACGACCUGGAAACAUUCGCGAAGGGUGAAAUCAAGACGGCGUUGCAGCGAACGAUGGAUAAGGUCAAGCGGAGACAGGCCAUGAAGGGAGGACGAUAGAGGUUCUGUUACUCGAUACUUUCUAUUGACCAGGUUUCUAACUAGACUCUUUAACGGACAGCCGUGGAGAAGUGGGGGCGUGGGGGACGAUAGACGUGCGUGCAUAUCUCUGGGGUUCUGAGACUAAAGUAGAUGGGCAUGCAAAACACCUGACAUAUAUGUGUCCAGAAGUAGUCGGUUGCAUUGAUUAGCGGCCAUGUGUACUGAUAUAUCAACCUUAACGAGGAAAG